CCAAACUCUCACAAUUUGCAAUAAGCUCUCUCGCGUAAUCUCUUUGUCAAGGGCCUUAGCAACUGCACCUUGUUUUCCUUCCAAAACCCACCUCAAACCUCAACGGAAGACUCCUUUUCCGGCGACUCAGAGACCCAUCAGAGUGUUUGAAACAAUGGCUUCCGGUGGCGACCACUUUCCACCACAGAGGCAGGAGAGACAGCCUGGCAAAGAGCAUGUCAUGGAUCCUACCCCUCAGUUUACAAGCCCUGACUACACACCAUCCAAUAAACUUCGUGGAAGGGUGGCUCUGGUGACCGGUGGCGACUCGGGGAUUGGACGGGCAGUAUGCCACUGCUUUGCUCUAGAGGGUGCAACCGUGGCCUUCACAUUUGUGAAGGCUCAAGAGGACAAGGAUGCUCAGGACACGCUGCAGAUGAUAAAAAAGGCGAAGACUUCUGAUGCGAAAGAGCCCAUGGCAAUAGCUGCAGACCUGGGAUUUGAUGAAAAUUGUAGAAGGGUGGUUGAUCAGGUGGUGAAUGCCUAUGGCCGGAUAGAUAUUCUGGUCAACAAUGCGGCUGAGCAAUACAAGUCGAGCUCAGUGGAGGAGAUUGAUGAGGAAAGGCUUCUGAGAGUGUUUAGGACCAAUAUCUUCUCUUACUUCUUCACCGUCAGGCAUGCUCUGAAGCACAUGAAAGAAGGAAGCUCCAUAAUCAACACAACAUCCGUGAAUGCAUACAAGGGAAACAGCAGAUUGAUCGAGUACACAGCAACCAAAGGUGCCGUAGUGGCUUACACUAGAGCUCUAGCUCUCCAGCUCGUAAAGAGAGGCAUACGCGUGAACGGCGUUGCCCCCGGACCCAUCUGGACUCCAUUGAUUCCGGCAUCAUUUAAUGAGGAAGAGUGUGCUAAGUUUGGGACUCAAGUGCCGAUGGGAAGGGCCGGUCAGCCCAUUGAGGUUGCUCCAUCGUAUGUCUUUCUUGCCUGCAACCACUGCUCCUCUUACAUGACUGGCCAGGUUCUCCACCCUAAUGGUGGAACUAUAGUGAAUGCCUGAGGGCAUGUGAAAGAUUAUAUAUGUAUCUAUAGUAGUAGUCUUAUCUUGUAUAUGGAACCUCUAAAGUUAAAAAAAGAAAGAACAUGAAGGGAGUUUGUAUUUAUUAAGCAUCUGGGCUGUAGUUGUUUGAAGUUUUCGAGCAGUGAGAUAACAGAUAUAAGGACUACUAUUGUUUUAAAUCG